AACUUGUAAAAAACUUUCACGUCCUCUUAGAACUGGCAGCCUAAUUACAACUUGUAAACUGGGAUUUUUUGGAGAGCUCCUACUUGUACCACACUACCGCUGUACUACAGUAUUAUCUUACUAUUAUAUUAUUAUUUACAGUAUUAUAAGUGUAGACUAUUGAUUUCUUGUUAAUAUUUGCUGUUCCAUAUCCAUUUAACUCAGAAACCAUUCAAACAUCAGAGGGAACAGGCAAGUGAAUUUAUAUUGUAGCCAACUAAAACACAAAACAGAUGGACUUUGCCUCUUCAUUUCAGCAGACCACAAGCCAUCGCUCGUUAAUCCUUUAUUUAGAGCGUCUCGCGGCUACACAAUUACGCACAUCCUUCUUUGACAAAACUAAUGCGAUUUUCCCCAUCUUACAUGCCUCUAAGGCAAUGAGUAAAAGGCAAUGUCCACACACUCCGGAGAGCUUCAGUGGCGUUACUGUUAUCUAUAUUGAAACCGCAUUAUUGCCUGUUGAGUUCUCAAGCGACAGCGUGCGCGUGAAAUGUCUCCAGACAUGAAGUUUUGCGCGCGCCAUCUCAUGAAACACUAAAACUAUUUCAAGGAUAUCAUCGUCUUAAGCUUUCAGACUCGUAAGACAUUUGGAAAUUUUGAAGACAACUUUAUUUCGGCCAGUAUAGGCAAAGAGUUGCAGUGAGACACUACAGCUGGUUAACGGACUGUAGAUGGAGACCGUCACAUGAGAUCUGAUGUCAUACGGGACGCGCGGCAGAGGCAGCUGCUCUGUAAGGUGGCAGUCAGUCAUCAAUUGAAUAGGAGCGGGCCAAAGAAAUCAACGCAUUGCGCACAGACAUCAUUGUUUCUUUAAAACCUUGGGAUUUUCAAAUUAUAUUAGCGGGUUUGCAGUUUGUAACAAGACGAUGGACAGCAACGUGGUGCAGAUUUUCAAGGAGGACAAAUGCCCCUUAUCUCACCCCGAGAAGUGUUUACCCAACUUCACAUGGCAGUCUGCUGUCUCGGACAUUUAUAACUAUUCGCUGAAUGAAAGCUGGACGAAUGAACAGGAAACCAUGUCCCCUAUCAUUCCGAUAAUCGCUGCCGUGUACUCUGUGGUGUUUGUUGUCGGACUAGUGGGAAACUGCCUUGUGAUGUUUGUCAUUAUCAGAUACACUAAAAUGAAAACCGCCACCAACAUCUACAUCUUCAACCUGGCUGUUGCCGACGCUUUGGUAACCACCACCAUGCCCUUCCAGAGCACAGAUUACUUACUGAAUUCCUGGCCGUUUGGUGAGGUUGUGUGUAAGGUGUUCAUCUCCAUCGACUACUACAACAUGUUCACUAGCAUCUUCACUUUGACCAUGAUGAGUGUGGACCGCUAUGUGGCGGUCUGCCACCCCGUCAAGGCCCUGGACUUUCGGACACCGAUGAAAGCUAAAAUCAUUAACAUAUUCAUCUGGGUGUUGUCCUCGGCUGCUGGGAUUCCUGCAAUGGUCCUUGGGAGCACUCAGACAAACAAUGGCACUACAGAGUGUGCUCUGCAGUUUCCAGACCCAUAUAUCUACUGGGACACAUUAAUGAAGAUCUGCGUCUUCAUCUUCGCCUUUGUGGCACCUCUCCUCAUCAUCACCGUUUGCUACACGCUCAUGGUCCUGCGCCUUAAGAGCGUCCGCCUGCUGUCGGGCUCACGGGAAAAAGACCGCAACCUGAGGCGCAUCACCCGCCUGGUGCUGGUUGUGGUCGCUGUGUUUGUGGUGUGCUGGACGCCCAUACACAUCUUCAUCUUGGUCAAAGCUCUCGCUCCCGGAGUGCCGGAGACCACGGCGGUCAUGGCCGCCUACUUCUUCUGUGUGGCGCUUGGAUACACCAACAGCAGUCUCAACCCCAUCCUGUAUGCCUUCCUUGAUGAGAACUUCAAACGGUGCUUCAGGGACUUCUGCUGCCCAGGUCGGACCAAGGGGGACGGGCACGGCGUUAGUCGGGUCAGAAGCACUCUUCGCGAGCACACGUGCCCAGCAGAGGCCAAAGGGGACGGAGGCCACGGUCGACCUGUAUGACUAGCCGUGGAACUGUCGUCCUUUCACGGUCGAGAAGACUCGAAUGACCUGGGACUGACACAGAUCACCACCUCCAUCUGAGGAAGAGAUUGUACCCUUUAUGUUUCAACACAACUAUUGCUAGAGCAAAAAGUGAUCUUUUAGUGAAAUAAUGGUCUUGUUUAGUAUGUCCAUAUUCACAUUUCUUCAGUAUCAUCCCAUUUAAAUCGUUGUUUAUCAUUUUUUUUUGAAUGUCCAUUGACCAAAGAUGAUGUAUAAUUAAAAUCUGGUCGCUCACAAUGAAAUGUCAUGCUUAAAGAUCCUUUUGCGUAGUAUUAUAAGUCCUUUGGGAUAGAUAGUAUAUUACUAGCCACUAGUAUAUAGUAUGCUUGGGUAGACAUGAUAAAACACAGUCUAGAAAAAAACAACCAACAAAAUGUAUGUUUGCAUCCGUUUGUACUGUUAAUUGUUUAUUUGGGAUUGUAAAACAGUCCUGUUUUAUAUUUAAAAAAUAUAAAAAAUGUAUAAUAAUAAUCAGCAGUGUCACAUAAUUUUGACUCAGGAAACUAUAUAUCUCAAAUGAUGGAAAAAUAAAAAAUAAUGUAGUCUACAAGAGUUAGUGUAAUCAGAACUGCUUACUGCUUUGUAUUCUCUGUAUUUGAUUUAGAUUGAAGGAUUAUGUAUGAAAAGGAUUAUGAAGGAUUAUGUAUCGUAAGUUGCCUUGGGAGUCUAAGGAUUUUUGUGCUGGUUUUUUUUCUUCUUUUUGGGCAUAGGGCUUUAAAACAACCAACUAAAGGACUGAAUCUACUUAGUCAGGUUGUUCUUGCUUAAUACAGAGUAUUAUAAUUUCUAUAAACCUAGAAAAACGAUGUACAUCUCUAUUGCAUGUUUGACAGUGAAAAUGUGGAAAUCUUUGAGUAACGUUUAUGUAAAUACAGCUUAUGAUUAAAAGAAAACAAAAAAGCAUUUCUGUGAUAAAGUAGAAUGGCAGUAAAAUGUCUGAAAACAGUUCAAUCGUACGUGUCAGGUACUUUACACAUUGUUUUGUAUUGAUAUUGUUGAUAUAACAGUUGAUUUUAUGUAAGUAUUUCUAAUGCUGCCUUUAGGUGAUGUCUAUGGUUGUGUUUUAUAUAUAUAUAUAUAUAUAUAUAUAUAUAUCACAGAGCAGAGAAAUUGUGACAUUCUGCCUAAGAUGGCUUAAAAAUGUAAUAUCAUAGCAUAUUUUUGACAUAUUACGACAUCAUCAGUGCUCUAUUGCCAUAACAGUAUUAGGAAUUAAUUGCAAAAUUCUUGUUAUGAAAAAUGUAAUGCCCUUUGUGCCUUUGUUUUUUGUAAAUCAAUAUAUAUUACAUUAUUUUGUUCAUCUUAGAUGCUUUAUGGUGUGAUACUGUAUAUUGGACAAUAAAGCACAGAGUGAGAGAAGCUUCUGUAAGUUCCACUGUGCUUUCAGUAAUGUGUUUGUACUACUACUAUAUAUCAGCAGAUUUUGAAUGUGUUAGCAAGUUUCCCUCUCAGCUCGUGUUUCUAUAUAUGUGCAAUUUUUAAAAGGAAUUCAUUUGAAAUCAUAUGAAAUGAGCUUUGCUUUGCCAUCAGUUGUACUUUGCUUGUAUAAUAUUACCUGUAUUUGAAAUUAUAUUGUCAAUAAAUUGAACUGUAA